AUGUCCAGGGCCCAGACUGCCGCGGUGGCCGCCGCAGCCGCGGCCGCGGCCGCACCCGCCUUCCUAGCGACCAGCGGCGUGAAGGCCGUGGCUUCGGGGCAUUCAGCCCAACUGCGCGGCAGCCAAACCGCAGGCAGCGCUUCGCUCUCCGCGCCGGCGGCGCUGCUGGGCAGCGCCUCCGCCCUGCUGGCGGCGCAGAUCUGCGGCAAGGUUGGAAAGCCCCGCAGAUCGAUGACUGUCGUCACAGCCUUCGAGAAUGAGCUGGGUGUGCAAGCUCCUUUGGGAUUUUGGGAUCCCCUUGGAUUGUCAAAGGAUGGCGAUGUGUACUCCUUCAAGCGCCGCAGGUCGGUGGAGAUCAAGCACGGCAGAAUCUGCAUGCUUGCAACAAUGGGGUACAUCACUCCGGAGAUUGCCGGAAAAUUUCCGGGCUACCUGGACCCCACCAUCAAGCUGAAGUUCGAAGACAUCCCCAACGGCCUGGCCGCCAUCAGCAAGGUGCCGCUUGCCGGGUGGAUUCAGAUGAUCGCCUACGCGGGCUUCUGCGAGAUCUCCGCAGGCUACGACGCAGAUGUGAACAAGCGCACCCCAGGUGACAUGGGAUGGAAGCCGCCGCUGUUCGGCAACAACUCCCCAGAGAUGAAGCAGCGACGCUUGAACGUCGAGAUUGCAAACGGCCGACUGUCAAUGAUGGCCAUCAUCGGGAUGUUUUUCCAAGACGGCUUGACUGGCCAGGCUUGGGGAGACUGGGCCAACUACACCGACUCGCCCCUGCGCGCGUUUGAGAAUGAGCUGGGUGUGCAAGCUCCUUUGGGAUUUUGGGAUCCCCUUGGAUUGUCAAAGGAUGGCGAUGUGUACUCCUUCAAGCGCCGCAGGUCGGUGGAGAUCAAGCACGGCAGAAUCUGCAUGCUUGCAACGAUGGGGUACAUCACUCCGGAGAUUGCCGGAAAAUUUCCGGGCUACCUGGACCCCACCAUCAAGCUGAAGUUUGAAGACAUCCCCAACGGCCUGGCCGCCAUCAGCAAGGUGCCGCUUGCCGGGUGGAUUCAGAUGAUUGCCUACGCGGGCUUCUGCGAGAUCUCCGCAGGCUACGACGCAGAUGUGAACAAGCGCACCCCAGGUGACAUGGGAUGGAAGCCGCCGCUGUUCGGCAACAACUCCCCAGAGAUGAAGCAGCGACGCUUGAACGUCGAGAUUGCAAACGGCCGACUGUCAAUGAUGGCCAUCAUCGGGAUGUUUUUCCAAGACGGCUUGACUGGCCAGGCUUGGGGAGACUGGGCCAACUACACCGACUCGCCCCUGCGCGCGUUUGAGAAUGAGCUGGGUGUGCAAGCUCCUUUGGGAUUUUGGGAUCCCCUUGGAUUGUCAAAGGAUGGCGAUGUGUACUCCUUCAAGCGCCGCAGGUCGGUGGAGAUCAAGCACGGCAGAAUCUGCAUGCUUGCAACGAUGGGGUACAUCACUCCGGAGAUUGCCGGCAAAUUUCCGGGCUACCUGGACCCCACCAUCAAGCUGAAGUUCGAAGACAUCCCCAACGGCCUGGCCGCCAUCAGCAAGGUGCCGCUUGCUGGAUGGAUCCAGAUGAUUGCCUAUGCGGGCUUCUGCGAGAUCUCCGCAGGCUACGACGCAGAUGUGAACAAGCGCACCCCAGGUGACAUGGGAUGGAAGCCGCCGCUGUUCGGCAACAACUCCCCAGAGAUGAAGCAGCGACGCUUGAACGUCGAGAUUGCAAAUGGCCGACUGUCAAUGAUGGCCAUCAUCGGGAUGUUUUUCCAAGACGGCUUGACUGGCCAGGCUUGGGGAGACUGGGCCAACUACACCGACUCGCCCCUGCGCGCGUUUGAGAAUGAGCUGGGUGUGCAAGCUCCUUUGGGAUUUUGGGAUCCCCUUGGAUUGUCAAAGGAUGGCGAUGUGUACUCCUUCAAGCGCCGCAGGUCGGUGGAGAUCAAGCACGGCAGAAUCUGCAUGCUUGCAACGAUGGGGUACAUCACUCCGGAGAUUGCCGGAAAAUUCCCGGGCUACCUGGACCCCACCAUCAAGCUGAAGUUCGAAGACAUCCCCAACGGCCUGGCCGCCAUCAGCAAGGUGCCGCUUGCCGGGUGGAUUCAGAUGAUUGCCUACGCGGGCUUCUGCGAGAUCUCCGCAGGCUACGACGCAGAUGUGAACAAGCGCACCCCAGGUGACAUGGGAUGGAAGCCGCCGCUGUUCGGCAACAACUCCCCAGAGAUGAAGCAGCGACGCUUGAACGUCGAGAUUGCGAACGGCCGACUGGCAAUGAUGGCCAUCAUCGGGAUGUUUUUCCAAGACGGCUUGACUGGCCAGGCUUGGGGAGACUGGGCCAACUACACCGACUCGCCCCUGCGCGCGUUUGAGAAUGAACUGGGUGUGCAAGCUCCUUUGGGAUUUUGGGAUCCCCUUGGAUUGUCAAAGGAUGGCGAUGUGUACUCCUUCAAGCGCCGCAGGUCGGUGGAGAUCAAGCACGGCAGAAUCUGCAUGCUUGCAACAAUGGGGUACAUCACUCCGGAGGUUGCCGGAAAAUUUCCGGGCUACCUGGACCCCACCAUCAAGCUGAAGUUCGAAGACAUCCCCAACGGCCUGGCCGCCAUCAGCAAGGUGCCGCUUGCUGGAUGGAUCCAGAUGAUUGCCUACGCGGGCUUCUGCGAGAUCUCCGCAGGCUACGACGCAGAUGUGAACAAGCGCACCCCAGGUGACAUGGGAUGGAAGCCGCCGCUGUUCGGCAACAACUCCCCAGAGAUGAAGCAGCGACGCUUGAACGUCGAGAUUGCGAACGGCCGACUGUCAAUGAUGGCCAUCAUCGGGAUGUUUUUCCAAGACGGCUUGACUGGCCAGGCUUGGGGAGACUGGGCCAACUACACCGACUCGCCCCUGCGCGCGUUUGAGAAUGAGCUGGGUGUGCAAGCUCCUUUGGGAUUUUGGGAUCCCCUUGGAUUGUCAAAGGACGGCGAUGUGUACUCCUUCAAGCGCCGCAGGUCGGUGGAGAUCAAGCACGGCAGAAUCUGCAUGCUUGCAACAAUGGGGUACAUCACUCCGGAGGUUGCCGGAAAAUUUCCGGGCUACCUGGACCCCACCAUCAAGCUGAAGUUCGAAGACAUCCCCAACGGCCUCGCCGCCAUCAGCAAGGUGCCGCUUGCUGGAUGGAUCCAGAUGAUUGCCUACGCGGGCUUCUGCGAGAUCUCCGCAGGCUACGACGCAGAUGUGAACAAGCGCACCCCAGGUGACAUGGGAUGGAAGCCGCCGCUGUUCGGCAACAACGCCCCAGAGAUGAAGCAGCGGCGCUUGAACGUCGAGAUUGCGAACGGCCGACUGGCAAUGAUGGCCAUCAUCGGGAUGUUUUUUCAAGACGGCUUGACUGGCCAGGCUUGGGGAGACUGGGCCAACUACACCGACUCGCCCCUGAGAGCAAAGGUGGCAUGAGUUGCCUUUAUUGGCAAGCUCAUUCUUCUAGUUAGGGCAUGUUUAGAGUAGGAGGCGGAGCUCAUUUUCAUUUCACAGACAAUCGCCCCUCGGAGCCAUGUAUAGCUUGCAUGG